AUGACUGAAAGUGUGGCUCCGAUCGUUGAUCCCAACGCCAUCACAACCGCGCCCGACCACGAUGAAUUCACGCUCGUGCCUGUCAUCCGCGAUCUGCUGAGGACGCGGUACUGCGCCCCAGGCACCAUUUUUCUAGUCGAGGGCAUUGACAUUAUCCCCGUCUCGAAGACGGGCCGCUGGCAGGCUGUCCGGCUUCUCCUAGGAGAUGGUGAAUUCUGCGUGCAGGGGCUCCUCAGCGCCGAGUGUCAGCGGUUCGCGGAGACGGGCGAAGUCUCGACGGGCUUUUACAUCAAGGUCGAGCAGUUCGACCUGGAGUUAGAGGCCAUGGAUCCCGAGGACUGGGCUGGAAACGUGAAGGAGGGUCAGAAAAUGGUCUUUCUCGCACUGCACGAUCUCACCACCGUUGGAUGGAACGACUCCUAUCGUGCAAUGGCCCUGGCGCAUAGAGGCAAAGCGGAGAUCACGGACGCAGAUUCAUCGCCAACAAAGGGCAAAGGCAAAGGGAAGGAGAUCCAGAGGACGCCACAAGCGUCGCCGCCGGCUCCCGCUGCGAAAGCGAAGGAAGAGCCCGUCGCAGCCAAGUUGGAGCCAGCCUCGUCAGCAUACGGCGAUGACUUUGACAUGGAUGCAAUGGACGACGCUUUCGAGACUAUGGAGAAGAUUGUCUUCCCCAGCUCGAAAAAGACGAGUACUCCAAAAUCGGGCCCCCCAUCGCGCAUACAGGCGCCGGUGGCGCUGCCCCGAGACUGGGUCGAUCGCCAGGCGCCGCUGAAGCUCACCACUCUGCACGCGAUCCCGUCACUGCCAUACGCGCAAAACUGGACGUGCAACACCCUCGCCAUCAUCGCCUCGCUGUCGCCGGUGGAGGCUUCGUAUCUGCCGCCGUACAAGCAGCGGACGGCGCGGCUGGCGGACCCCUCGACGGCCAAGCAGGUGCACUUGACGGUUUUUCUCGACCCAGAGGCGUUUGACCCGCCGAUCGGAAGUGCCGUGCUUCUGACGGGUGUGAAGAAUCAUCGGUUCGACGGCGGCAGCCUGAAGAAGUACGCAAGCGAUGCCAACAACGGACGGCAGUGGUGGUUUGAGGACCCUGUUGACAUGACGUGGUGUGAUGUAGCGGGUAUCAAGUCAUGGUGGAAUCAAAUGGAGGGACAUCCAAACAAUUUGCGACCUCAGAUUCAAAAACUCGCAGUUGUCAACCGCCUUGUGCAUCUCAGCGUACGACCUUCAGCCCACGGCUGCAGCAAUCUAGAAAGGGAAGCUGCACGGUGUUGCAUGCAUACAAGCCCAUCGAGCCAACCGUUUCCGUGCGCCCAGAAUAUCGCGCAAGCACCCAGAAGUCCAGUCCAGUCCGGUCCGCUGCCUCCCCCACCACCGCCACCACCACGACAGCCUGCUGCCCAACCCCAGGCUGCCCAUCCCGCGCUCAUAAGACGGGCGGAUGCAGCCAACAAGCGAGCUUCCCCUCCCGUUUUGAUCAUCCUCCCUGCACAGAGCUCUGGAAACGCACCGUAUAACCCCACACAGCCGACCCUGCAGCGGGCCAUCGAUGACUUCCUCGGCAGCCUGUCCUCCUGGGACCUCCUCUACCUGCGGCGGCGCAUGCACCUGCACGAGGCCCGGAUCAAGCUCGCCUCGCUCGAGGACCUGCCCGCCGAGAUCGUCAUCGCCAUCUCGCAGUUCCUCGAGCUCGAGGACCUGCUCACGUGCGCCGCCGUCUGCCGCAGCUGGCACGCCGCGUGGUCCUGCGGCGCCGUCACCGCGUCGCUGUGCUGCCGCCACUUUGCCGGCCUGACCGAGAGGCACGGCCUGCCGCAUGCCGACGGCCACCGCCUGCUCGCCGUGCGCUCGCGCCUUUACAUCGAUAAGUACCUGCGGCCGCGGCCCAACGCGUACUUUUCGUCGCGGUGGUUCGUCGGGGGCGGCGGCUCGGCCGCGGCGGCGGAGGAUAUGCGCGAGCGCGUCGACCAUCAGGCCGAGUGCGUUGACUUUGGGCUGGACCCGUUGCAAAUGUGCUACGACGACGGCCUGCUGGCAUGGCAGCCCGAGGACGGCUACGUUGUGCUCAACGACCUCAGGGCCAUGACUCGCAGCCGCUGCAGCUUUGGGAGCAGCCUCGUCGCCGGCCGCAAGAUGGACCUACAAGCAGUAACAAGAAAGCUAAUCGUGUUCAGCUCCAUUGACCUGCAUGCAAACAGCGAGGUCUGCCGUGAGAUUCGAAUAUGGACCGCAGCCGAUGGCGAGUGGAAACGGAUCACAUUACCAGCGCGUUUCGCCAAAUGUUACGCCCAAGGAGGCACAGUCGUUGCAGUGACCACCACCGGCGACGCAUUUUACUGGUCACAGGGUGGUCCAACAAUAGACCUCGAGACAACGACGGCGACUGGGCUGACAGCUCCGCCUCGCGAAUGCAAGCCUUCACUGCAAAACGUGCCUGGAGUCGUGUUCCAUCCAAACGACGACGGCAUCUUCUACCUGACCUGGGUCUACCAACCUACGCGACUUUCUUCAGACCAUCGUAUUCAUGUUAUUGUCGUAGUCAAGUUUAUGCAGGGAAAGCCGGUCAUGAGAUACGAGACGGCCGUUUCAAAUCCAGCGCGUACUUGCGAUCCCCAGCAGCCCUACUCCGACGGCAUACUGCGAUUCUCAUUACGAUGUCAAAGGAUGAACAGUCACGGGCUCUACAUGCUUGGUGUGGUCCAAACGUGUCUCCACUACCACGGCAGCAAAAACACGGUGGCUGAGUCACGUUGGGAUCUCGCGUGCUUCAACGCGCUCACGGAGAAGUUCGUCCACCGCAGCUAUGACAAAUGCCUCAUCAGCCCCAAGUUCCACCGGCCGACCUGGGACUGGGCCGAGUGGCACAACAUCCAGGCCUGGGACGACUACCUGGUGGUGCUGUGGCAGCCGCGGCCGCACGUCAUCCACGAGCCGUGCACCUUCACCGAGCUGCUGCUGGCGACGGACAGCCUGGCGUGCGUCGCGGGCUCGCGGGAGGUGUUCGUCGAGGGCGUGCGCCAGAGGGGCCUCGAGCCCGCGCUGACCAUCGACACCUUCCAUCAGCGGAGGUCCGGCGUGGCGCGCCGCGUCUUCGUCGACGACGACUUCAUCGUGUACGCGGCGCCCGACUCGGUCCUCGUGUCGACGUUCAAGGGCGCCCGGGGCGUCCUCCUCCCGCUUCCCAUGGAGGGCAACCCGAUGACGGCUCUCGCAGGGCUGCCCCUGCCCCGAUGGGCAGAGACACCUCGGGCGCCAGCGCCGUCGUGGGACGGUGACGUCUAUACGACGCUCACAGAGCCGCAGUUACAGAACCAGGCAUGA